AUGGUUGCGCUGAAGUCGAGCGUGAAUGAGGACCUUGCCAAGUUCUGGGGCAUUCCCUUCAGCGAGUCUGGCUCGCAGGGAGGCAUCCGCGUCCUGAUUGGCCACCACAUCUCAGGCACUCUCAAUAUGGAGGCUGAUUGGCUGUCUAGACCCGCCAAGCAGGAGAACACGCCAGCUCCGGAAAUUUGGCUGAGCCACAAGGCGGUGGCGGCUUCAGCGCCGAGGGAGAGCACGGCGCGCAACAGUCCUCGCGCAAGCUCCGCUGGCUUGAAAUUGGCCGGGGCCUUGAUCAACGAGCUCAAGUUGUGGCGCAUCGAGCAGGGCUACCACGUUUCAGAUUUGCGUUCAAGGCUACCGAGGCUGACUAGGCCAGGAGAUCAGUUAGUCGCGGCAUGUCGCGGCUUGAGCACAGUGGAAAGAGCAACAGAGCUCAAGCUGGGUGACGUGGGGGUGGCCAAAUGCAACUGCAGACAACACCUGCAGAUUGCAGAGCCCGCGCUGGCUUUUGCUGGGAACGAGUUCGAGCUAACGGUAACCCUGAAAUUCCCGCUGUCGAAGAUGGACCAGAUUGGGGCUGUUUCCAAUGAUGAGAAGGUGAACUAUGUCACGGAGACUGUCACCACGCCCGAAAGAAAGGGGCGGCCUCCUGGCCCUGUUCCACUUCUCAGCUUCAAAUCCAACGCCUCCCUUAGCAGUGAGAGGGGCGUAGCACCAUACACGAGAUCAAAGUCAUCUGGCGCGCUGUCAGGUGACAUCCCACAUGCAACACCCAACUCAUCAUUCUCUUCUGUGAAUACAGUCACUUCCACUUGGGUUUCCAAGCAGAUGACGUCGACGUCUUUUCGCUGGGCACCAGGAGAUGCCCUGGUACACUGUUGGCACCGGAAGCUUAGCGACACGUACCAAGACUACAACAUGGUCAAUCUGGUUGGUGAGGGCCGGAAUGGUGCCGUGUUCAUUGUUCAGCACAAGGUGAGCGAGCAGUACUACGCAUGCAAAGUUCUUCACAAGGCAGAGCAAGACUCCAGUGCUCUGCGCGCUGAGAUUAAGAAUCUGCGCAUGCUGGACCACCCGAACGUUGUCCGGCUCUACGAAGUCAAUGAAGACGCUGAGGCAGUCUUUCUCCUGAUGGAGUAUUGCUGCGGCGGCGAUCUUUUCAGUUUGGUGACCGAAUCCCCUAAUGGUCAUCUACCGGAGAACGUCGCAAGAUCUUUUGCGGAGCAAAUGCUCAAUGCCUUGGCGUACUGCCAUUCGAUGGGCAUUGUUCAUCGGGACGUUAAGCCCGAGAACUUUUUGCUAGAAGGCCGAGUCGAUGAGGACCCAGCAGGUGCAACAUUGAAAUUGGCCGACUUUGGCAUCGCCACCCACAUCCGGUGUCCAGAGAGCCAGGCUGAGGGACAGGUGAAUGGCAGCGUCCCCUACAUGGCGCCGGAGCUCUUCUCAAAGCGGUGGAGUUCCUUGGUGCGCGAUUCGCAGGGUGAUCGACAUGCGCUUGCUGCCAGUGACCUUUGGAGUUGCGCAAUUGUGAUCUAUGUGAUGCUUUCGGGCGACUUGCCAUAUGGAUCGGACGAAUACAGGAUAGCAAGCGGAGAACCGCCAGACUUCUCAAAGGAGGUGUGGCAGACGGUUUCUCCGGAAGCCAUCAGCUUGAUCAGAAAGCUUCUGCAGCCCGAUGUGGAGGAAAGGUGGACUGCACAGCAAGCCCUGCGUCACGAGUGGUUCACCGCCAUGAAGACGACCCGCGCGUCUCCAGAGUCAGUCGGCAACAGGUCAAUUUUCACAGAUCGCUCCGAAGGUCUGUUCACUCAGCACUCUGUUGAGUUUGCCCGAGCUGUGCUACGGAGUCUGCGACGUUGGCGGCAGCAUCCCUUUCUCAGGCGAAUGGUCAUUGCAGGCAUCGCCAAGCGAAUGGAGGCUGACAAUCCCUCGAGGAGAUUCGCCGAAACGGCGUACCAAGCUUUCAAAGGAUCGCAAGACAAGCUCCGAAACGAUCAGCUUGUUCAGGUGCUGAACAGUGCAUUCUGUGGGAGCAGUCCUCCUCCAGAUGCAUCAUGCUCCUCCCAGACAACUGCCAGCAAUGAGUCCUUCCUGCAGGCUGGCGAAAGCGUGCGCACCACGCGUAGCAACAGCUCUUCUGGCUCUGCCUUCUCUCCCAGCGGACGGAGUGUGACAGGCCUCUACGUGCGCCAGCAUGUGAAGCAAAGCUUCCGUAAGUUCAUGCGGCGCUUGGAUGAAGAUUCCACACUUGGAAGUUCCCCAGUGUCCUUAUCUCCGGGAUUCCCAACUCCAGGGAGCGAGGAUCUGGUAAGCUUGACUGAGCUGGAAGUUCUCGUUGAGAAGCUGGAUGCCACGAAGAACGGUACUGUAGAUUACACAUUGUUCGUGGCAGCGCUGCUUCCCGCGGAUGUGUGCCCCUUCCAUGUGCUGCGGAAGCUUUUCCCAGGCUCUGAUUUCUUUGCGUUGCAUGGGGCCUCGGCAGGGCAGCAGCAAGUCGAGAUGCCUGCAUGCAAGUCAGAAUUGCAGAUGGCCACCUCCACUUCUCUUCAGCCCAAGCUGACACUCGGGGAGCAGCUUCGAUGCCAAGUCCCAGCUUGGGCUCCGGCGGCCCGGGGGUUCGCAAGUGACAAUGGACCUGUGCCCUCUUCGCCCUCUUCGCCAUCUUCACCAUCUUCACCCUCUGCCUCCAGCAGCGUCGCCGUCUUCACUCAAAAAGGCUUCAAGGCCGUUUCCAAGGCUGUGCAUAAAACUGCAGAAGCGCUGCGCUGGCUUGUGCGUAGGAUCGUGGUUCUGUGUGGAGCUUUCGCUAGAAACCCUCUCAUCGUCGUGGAGUGGUAUGAGGACAUUCGGGAUGCCAUCAACCACUUUCUGAAGUGGGUCUACACCGGCUUUAAGUUGUUUGGUGCCGACGUUCGGACCUCCUUCUAUCUCACCAAGCGCGUCAUCAAAGGCUAUCCGCUUUCUGUUCGGGAGCGGCGCCUGCUCGUCAGGACGACGAGUGACUGCCUGAAGCUGAUCCCUUUUUCCUUCUUCCUCGUGGUGCCAUUCGCAGAGCUGGCAUUGCCGUUCUUCCUGCGCCUGUUUCCAAACAUGCUCCCAUCAACAUUCUUUGAACAGAAGUAUGACAACGCCACCUUGGCACGAAAGCUCAAGGCCAAACAGGAAAUGGCAGACUUUUGGCAGCAGGUGGUUGCUCAGCGCACGCAAGAGCUCUAUGAGUCCGACGAGUAUGCUGACAAAGCGGAAGAGUUGCAAGCAUUCCAGGAGAAGCUUUCCGAGGGUAAAGACUUUCCGACUCUCAAAGAGAUCCUUCGGUUCGCAAGUAUCUUCAGAGAUGAGAUGCACUUGGAAAACAUGUCCACGCAGCAGCUCCAUGCACUUUCUCAGAUGCUUGGACUGCCAACGUCGCGGACAUUUUGGCAGGGCCAUGUCGAGGUGCAGCUCCGACACCACAUUACAAACCUUCGACGGGAGGACAGAGAUCUAUUCUGGGAAGGCAUUGACGGGUUGAAGGCACAGGAGCUCAUUGAUGUGUGUCGACGCAGAGCUAUUCGAUUUCAUGGCGUCACCGAAGAUGAGAUGCGGGAAAGCCUUAAUCGCUGGCUUCGGCUGUCCGCAACCCAUCGACAGAUCCCAACAAGCAUGCUGCUGUGGAUCCAGUCUUUCUACCUCAGGGACAGGACAGAUCCAGAAGCAGACAGCACAGAAGAUCUGAAGUUGAAGAUGCAGGAGACGUUGAUUGAUGAAAAGCCUGAAGAUGCCUUCCUCAGUUGGGCCGAAAGGCAAAAGGAUGCAGUGGAGAAGAUGCAGCAGAAGCUGGAGGAGCUUCAGCGCGAGAUUGUCGAAGUCAUGGACCAGCACCAGGACAAGUUGCAAGAGCCAGGGGACCGGACCGUGGCAGCAAACGAGGACCAGGCAGCAUCACCUCUUGCAGAGGCUUGCUCCCACUGUGGCCAUGCCCCGCUUCUGCCAGACAGUGUCUACUGCCGCAAGUGUGGGCAGAAGAGAGACCAGGACGAGUAUGAUGAUGAUCCGCAGGGUGACAAGAGGCGAAUGCUACACAUCCUGCGAAGAGUUGAAGAGGAUCUCAACCUCUACAGACAAGUUGUGCAGAAGCAGAGAGGGCUCCUCGACCAUCAGCUGAGAUUCUUGCUGUCGAUGCGAGACACUACCCCAACAAAUUACAAGGAUGCAGAUGUUAUCCUGUUAGACCAGCGUGUCCGAUUGCUGGAGAUGAUCAACUCUUUCCAAGAGAAUGCGGAGGAGAUAGACAAGCUCUUCAACGCUCCUGCAGUUUCGGAGGACGUCGAGACGCUUUCUUCUAGCUUGUGGGACGACACCCCUGGCGACAUUCCAGGCGACCGCUAUCAAAACACACGUCCCAGUUUGGACAGGCAAAGCGAGGGCUUGGACAUCAGGCAGGACAGGCACAUCGGCUUCUCCUACAGAGACCUCUGCAGGUACUGCGAAGAGUCGCGUGCCAUGGAGAUGUUUGGCCAGCUUGACAUCACGGGUCGAGGCCUGAUCGGCCCGGAUGAUCUGCAGAAAGUUCUCAGCACCUCCCUGCACAAGAAGGACAACAACAUAAGGCGCUUCACGGAGAUGGUCAAGGAGUUUGACCUCAACGGUGAUGGAUUUCUGGAUUCUCAGGAGUUCAGGAAGAUGCUGCGGGCAGACGAGCCGUGGAAUGAAGGCGACUCUUCAAGUGCCCCUUCGUGCCUUCAUUGA